AUUUCUCUGGCGUUCAUUUUUGCACAUGGCCCGACUGCACAAGUGACUCAACCACAGUGCAAAAUAAUUCAUCCAACAUUUCCAGUCGGAUGAGGUGCAGAUCAGAUAGGCUACUCAAUGAAUGUAUUUUGAAGGAAUGAUAUUUCCACGAUGUGUUUUAUAAAACUCUGCUUACAGCCUGAACAAAGUAUCUGUACCUUGAACGGGGCAAACUCUGACGACGUCUACAAAAGACACUUGUGCCACUACUGAAAUAUGUUAUGAUCCAGCGACUUCAAGGAUGAAGGCUGAAUGGAGUGGAAUAAAUUUUGGAAUUCAAUCGAGUGGAGGAAUUGCGGGUCCGCCGGGGCCUCCAGGACCAGUUGGUCCCGUAGGUGAUAAGGGAGAGCCAGGACCUCCUGGUAGACCGGGAGGAGUCUCAAUAGAAGAUGUUAAAAAGGAAAUACUUGCAUUAUUGGGAGAGCCAUCUGUUGGGAAAACACAACCUGUUGAUGCCAACAUUGAAGCCCGUCUAACCAGACUUGAAAAUACUGUGAAAAGUAUAUUGAACUUACCGGAACCAAAACCACGGAUAAAGCCUAAUGUUCCUUUGGGAGUACCAGAAGGCGAGAUCGACAUCUUAGGGUGGGUUUCUGCAUCGAACGGAUACGAAUAUUUUAUCAGCGGGAAUGUCAACUACGAAGAAGGGAAAAAGUUUUGUGAAUUAAGAAACUCCACACUCGCUAUCGUUGGUAUCAGGGACACCGAAGUUCUCUUAUACCUGUAUAAGAACUUCAUAACAAAGAGAAAGUCGUCUGUUUGGAUCGGUUUGAACGACAAGGACACGGAAGGAGAUUGGUACUGGGAAGACGGCAUUAGAUCAACUAUGUUUAACACUCCUUGGGCGGAAAAUCAACCCGAUGACGGUUAUCAAAGAGAGGAUUGCGCCUUAUUUUCAGUUAGAUAUGGAAAAGUAUACGAUUCAAGAUGCAGCACCGAUCAAAGAGCUCUAUGCGAACGAUAAAUAAAACCAAAACUAACGAUA